UAGAGAAACAACGAGGUGUUAUGCGCUAAGCUUCACGUGUUCUGCGAGCCAUCAGCGUGUUUGCUGUCCGAUCCUGGUUAGGCCCGUACUCUGCGCGAUGAAAGCGAAAAAAGGCUCGUUUAGUAUAUCAACAGCGCCGCCGAAAUUAUCCGGUGUAACGAAGAUGCCGAAGCAAAAACGCACUGCCUCUGGUUUAUCUCCAGCGAAGACGAGUGAACCAGGAGACGUCAAAGGCAAGUACGCAAAAGCAAACAGCCGGAAAAUAUUUCCACCUACGGCUGGAAAGCCUGGUAAACUUGGUCGAGCUAAGCGCAAGAAGUCAGCUACAAGUGAAGCGCUGAUGAAAGUUGCUAAUGAAGAGAAGGCGACCGAGCAGCAAGCGCCUCGUCCGCAGAAGCGUGGCGCAGAAGGCAACAACGAUGAUGCAUCUGAGCCGAAGAAAAUUAAGCUGGUUGAAAUGAAAAAGAAGCAGAGAAAACAAGAACGAAAAAAGCACGAGAGCAAGUUCUACGAGAUCUCCAAAGCAGCAAAACGAAUCUGGGAAGACCUGCGGCUCAAGUCCUGCACAGCGGUAAGGCGCGAGGAGUUGCUAGCCCAGCUGACCAAGGUAGUCAAAGGCAACAUAAAGCAGCUGAUCUUCGCGCAUGACACGUCCAGAGUGAUUGAAUGCAUGGAGCACUUGGGUACUGCUGUUCACCGCAAUAUGAUCUUUGAAGAAGUGAAAGACAUUAUCGUCCCCAUGACUAAAUCCAAAUACGCCAAAUUCAUGGUGAGGCAGAUUCUUCGGAACGGCACAGCUGAACAGAAGCAGCACGUUAUCAAGGCGUUCAGCACACAAGUCGUGAGCCUACUGCACCACGUAGACGCCGCAGCCAUCCUAGAGGUCAUCUACAACGAGCAUGCCAAUGCCUUCCAGCGUUCUUUGUUGUUGCAGGAGUUCUACAGUCGCGAUCUCGCACUAUUUAAGAAGGACAGGGUGAUCACUUUCGCAGAUGCUCUGGCCGAAUCCACAGAUCCCGCCAAAAUGAUUGAAAAUCUGAAGGAGACGCUGAUGAAAAUCAUUGACAAGCCAGUCGUUCGCCACAGUAUCAUACACCAUGUCAUGCUUGAAUUUUUCAAAAGUGCCGAUGCUAAUUCUAAAUCUGAAAUGAUUCGAGCACUUGCAGGGUCGCUUGUAGAAAUGGUGCACACGAAAGAUGGAGCACGUGUUGCCAUGCAGUGCAUCUGGCACGGAACAGCAAAAGACCGUAAGACGGUAAUCAAAUCAUUCAAGACAUAUGUUGCCAAAAUAGCACGAGAAGAGUACGGUCACAUGGUAUUGCUGUCCAUCUUUGACUGUGUGGAUGAUACAAAGCUUGUUGAAGGAGUUGUUAUUGCAGAGUUGUUGAAAGAGCCUGUUGAAUUAUUGAUGGAUCCACAUGGGCAGAGAGUAUUGGCAUAUCUCGUUGCUCCGAGGGACGCCCGCAUAUUUCACCCCCAAGUUGUCGACAUUCUUAAGGAGGGUGACAUUAGUAGCACCAGCAAAAAAGACCCAAAGGUGCGCAAGCAAGAACUUCGCAAAAUGCCUGCAAGUGUGCUUGGGCAGAUGAUUGCCGACAAUGCUGAGGAACUCUUAACUUGUGGUGGCCCUACUUCAAUAGCCCUUCAUGUUAUUCUGACCAGCCUUAGCACAAGUGAAGCAGCCGUUGCGUUCAAAACGAUAGCCAAGCUUCUUAAUGCAUCACCCUACAAGAUUGGCAAAGAGCAAGAAAGCUCGCACCUUUUUGACCAGGGCUCUGCACGUUUCUUUCUGAAGAAGAUGGCUACCCAUGACAAAGACAUCGGUGACGAAGGGCAAGAUUCUUUUUGUGGUGUAAUUGCUGAUGAAGUGUCUGAGGAAACUAUGUCAACAUGGAUUGGAUGUAACUUUGGAGCGUUCUUUCUUGUGCAGCUCUUGGAGACGGGCAUCACCAAAGGAAUUGAACGUGUUAAAUCUGCACUAGAAGGAAAGCACAAUAUCCUUAAAAAGUGUGAUUCUAAAGGUGCUGUGAUUCUUAGAAAGAAACUGCAAGACUUGUAAUAUGGGCAUACAUUGAAAGAAUAAAGGUGUUCUUUUGUA